UUUCAGGUGAGCCAAUGAAUGACGUCACGAAGAUGAUCUCUAAUGCAGUACACAUACCUGUGAGUCAGACAACGAGUAUUUACACAUACUGUUUCACUAUCUAAUGGAAAUAGUUCGACUGUUAGCUUAAAAUGAUCAUGAGGUUUCAUUGCUUUCUGAAUAAAAAAUGCUGAACAACAUAAGUGCUGACUUCUGGACUACAAUUUCAUUAUUUGGUUGCUUUUGGUGAAUUAUUGAUGAUUUUUUUCUGGAAAACAAAAUUUGGACAUGAGAGCAUUGCAUUAGAUAUGAAAAUAUGUUAUAAUCAGACAAUAUGGGAAGGAAGAGAGCCAGAUCAAAGUACGAGUAAUCGUAAUGGAGGCAACACUUUGAACUCUGGACUCUGGACUCCGGGUCUCCUCCACGGUUUGGUUAUAGUAAAUAUAUAAGCAGACAAACGUUUAGAAGUUAGGAUAGUGCAAUGUAUCAUCA